ACUAUCUUUCACUUCAUCUUCUUCUCCAUGACACCUCUAUUGAGCAGAAGAUUUCCUCUUCGGACAUCCUUAUGGCAUGCAUUUGCAUUGAAUCGAGCUGGACAUCGCAUCAAUUCCCAUGGCCGCCAUACCUUCUCUUCGUCGGCAUCAACUUCAACACUCCUACCUGAUUCCGAGACUCCUGUUGCCGGAACGAAGUUUCUCGAGACGUUUUCCGAGGAAUUCGAGAUAGGAUCACGCAAAAUCAAGUUGGAAACAGGGAAGAUAGCUCGGUUUGCUAAUGGUGCAGUUUUAAUUGGAGUUGAAGAGACUAAAGUCUUGUCUACUGUUGCUUCUGCUAAAGGAGAUGCAGCUCGUGACUUCUUACCUCUAUCUGUUGAGUAUCAAGAAAAACAGUUUGCUCAAGGGGUAAUCCCCAACACAUUCAUGCGGAGGGAGGGGGCACCUAAAGAGCGGGAACUUCUAUGUGGUCGUCUCAUUGAUAGACCCAUAAGACCACUUUUUCCUGCUGGCUUUUACCAUGAAGUUCAGGUAACUGCAAGUGUUCUUUCUUGUGAUGGGAAACAAAAUCCAGACGUAUUGGCAGCUAAUGCAACAUCUGCUGCUCUAAUGUUGUCAGAUAUUCCUUGGGGUGGCCCUAUUGGAGUAAUAUGUAUAGGGAGGAUAUCGGGAGAGUUUAUUGUUAAUCCAACUAUGGAUGAGCUGGCUUUAAGUGAUCUUAACCUGGUGUAUGCCUGCACAAGGGACAAAACUUUGAUGAUAGAUGCACAAUCUCGUGGGAUUUCUGAAAGAGAUUUUGAGCAUGCGUUAAGGAUUGCUCAUCCUGAAGCCAUAAAAUAUAUUGAACCUCAAGUUAGAUUAGCAGCUAAAGCCGGCAAGAAGAAGAAGGAAUACAAAUUGUACAUGGUAUCAGAAAAGUCCCUGGAAAAGAUUCGGAGCUUGUCUGAAUCGCCAAUUGAAGCAGUCUUCACAGAUCCUUCAUAUGGAAAAUUUGAACGUGGAGAGGCGCUUGAUAAGAUCACACAAGAUGUAAAGAGGGUACUAGAAGAAGAAUGUGAUGAAGAAAGCUUAAAAUUUCUGCCAAAGACAGUUGAUACAGUUAGGAAGGAGGUUGUAAGAAAAAGGAUUAUUGACAAAGGUUUAAGAGUUGAUGGGAGACGUCUUGAUGAGGUAAGACCUGUGUUUUGUGAAGCUGGAAACCUGCCUCAACUGCAUGGAUCAUCAAUUUUUUCACGUGGAGAUACUCAGGUUUUGUGUACUGUGACUCUUGGAGCACCUCAAGAUGCUCAGCGUUUGGCCUCCUUGGUUGGUCCCUCAACCAAGCGAUUCAUGCUCCACUACAGCUUUCCACCUUUUUGUAUCAACGAAGUAGGCAAAAGAACUGGAUUGAACAGGCGUGAAGUUGGGCAUGGCACCCUUGCUGAGAAAGCUCUGCUUGCAGUCUUACCUCCUGAAGAUGAUUUAAAAUAUACUAUUCGUGUUAAUUCAGAAGUAAUGGCUUCUGAUGGUUCAACAUCAAUGGCAACUGUUUGUGGAGGCAGCAUGGCUUUGAUGGAUGCCGGAAUUGCUUUAAGAGAACAUGUAGCAGGUGUUUCAGUGGGACUUGUUACUGACAUUGACAAAUCAACAGGCAAAAUCAAGGAUUACCGUAUUGUGACUGAUAUUUUGGGCUUAGAAGAUCAUCUUGGAGAUAUGGAUUUUAAAAUUUCUGGCACACGUUCUGGAAUUACUGCAAUUCAACUGGAUAUAAAGCCUGCUGGGAUUCCUUUGGACAUUAUAUGUGAAUCUUUGGAGCCUGCAUUAAAAGCCCGGCUACAAAUUCUUGAUCACAUGGAGCGAGAGAUAGACUCACCACGUACUCAGGGUGAAAGAGCUUCUCCUCGAAUAGUGACUUUGAAUUACAACAAUGAAUCCCUCCGACGUUUGCUUGGGCCUCUUGGUGCUUCGAGGAAAAAAAUUGAAGAAGAAACAGGCGCACGGAUCUCUGUUGGUGAUGGCACACUCACUAUAUCUGCAAAGAAUCAAGCAGUGUUGGAAAAAGCUCUUGAGAAGGUGGACUUCAUAAUCGGUUGUGAAAUUGAAGUUGGAGGGACAUACAAAGGAAUUGUGCAAUCAGUCAAAGAAUAUGGUGCUUUUGUGGAGCUUAGCGGUGGUCAGCUAGGGUUGCUGCACAUUUCUGAAUUGUCAAAUGAACCUGUGUCUCGAGUUUCAGACGUGGUAUCAGUUGGGCAACUUCUUAACUUGAAGUGCAUAGGGCAGGAUGUCCGUGGUAACAUCAAAUUAUCUCUCAAGGAUUUUUCAAACCUAAAUAAAACUGUUCAAGGAUUACUAAGACACUCAGUAGAGGCUCCUGUCCAGGCAUCUGUUUGCAAUAUAGACAGGCAGAAUGUAGAUCAACAUUCAGUUCUUGGUAUUUUAAAUAGGGAUACAACAUGCCAAAAUGAUGACACAAAGACUUCUCAGCCAUCACCACCCUUUCUGAUCCGAAGUGCAGAAGAGUGUGAUGAGGAGGAGAAGUCUGUUGGCUUAAAUAAAAAAGGCGAGGAUGAAGAUACAGUUACGAGUGGACUAGAUGCUCAAAAGCUAAAGAUUGGUACACAAGUUAUGGCGAAGGUCCAUCAAAUUCGUGCACGGGGAAUAGUCCUGGAUUUGGGGAAUGGAAUCAGAGGCAUGUAUCGGUUUGAGGGAAAUGAUAGUACGCCAGAAUUUGAAGUAGGGCAGGUAUUGUGUAUGAAAUGUUCAACCUUUUCUAGCAAAGGCAUUCCAGUAAUGUCAUUGGUGAAGGAUGAUGAUUAGUUUCUUUUACGCGAAGGUAUGGUUUAAAUUAAGUGCACUUUCAAUCUUUAGAGCAUUGAAACAAAAUUUUGAAUCAUGAAGAGGCAAAUUUACUUAAAUAAACAGUUUGACUGGUAUUCUUUUUAACUUGUUGUUGUGGGAUUAUUGUUCUGAAUGUAAUAUUUGAGUUGGUUGCUCAAAGUUAUAUUCUUUUAGUAAUAUUUAAGGAAAGUUCAUUUUU